AUGCAAAUUGCAGGAGGAUCUCCAAAUGCCUGCGAAGAGUUCGAAAUGCAAAAUUCCGUCACAUCGGAACAGCUAGGGGUGAACGAUGUGCUCGAGCUGUUGCAACAAGAGUAUGCUAUUAUCUCAGGUGGUAAAUCAAAAGAAGGCUGUCCAAUCAUAACCUUUCCCGACAACAGUAACUUUGAAAUGUUAUCCGAUACUGAAUACCAACGCUUAAUGCUGUAUCUAACAUCAGUGCCUUCCCUUCACGAUGCAGAUUUGGGCUUCCAUUUAAUUAUAGAUAGAAGGAAUGACAAGUGGAAUUCCGUGAAAGCUGUUCUUUUAAAGAUAUCAGUAAGUACCUUAUAUUAUAAGCUCAAUUUUUCUUUUUAA